AUGGCUGGCAACAAGCGAGCGUGGGAUGGCAACCUGAUAGCAAACCAGUCAAAGACAAAAAAUAUGGACACCUCAGCCGAUAUGCCUUCUAUCCAGACUAUCUUUACUGGCUUCCGCAAUGAGCUUGAUGAGCAUCAUGACCGAAGAGAGCGUGUUGUAAAAGCAUCCAGAGAUAUCACAGCUUUGAGCAAGAAGAUAGUCCGCAGUGUGAAUGCACCAAUCCCUCCAAAAAUUGCAAAGGAAACGGACGAUCGUAUCAAACAAAUACAAGAGCUCUUCAAGUCGAUUGAAGCAGACGUCUCUGGCGUCAACGCAUGGAGAUACCAUCAAAUCACAUGGGGAAUCCAGGAGUACAUCGAAGCUAUAUCGUUCCACCGGUACAUUGAGAAAAAACAACUCAUCACUCUGGAGGAGGUCUCACAGACGCUACCGGCUGGUAUUAAUGUAACAGAAGCAGACUACGUACUUGGGCUUUACGACCUGACAGGCGAAAUGAUGCGGUUUGCCAUCACUACGAUGACUACUGGCCGAACAGCAGGUGUAAAAGGGGGAGAUUCUACUGCUCAGGACAAGGCCCAGCAGUCUGAGGAACCUACGGGUGGGGAAGCAGUACUUUCUGAUCUACGUCAACUUCGGGCCAUGUUUGAACAACUCAAUGUUCCACGUGGCCUGAGUGGAUGGAAGGAAGUAGACAAGAAGAUUGAGGUUAUGCAAGCCAGUGUUGAGAAGGUGGAGAGAGCCGUGUAUGGGCUGUUAGUACGAGGAACAGAGCGUCCAUCUGGGUGGGUGCCAGACUUGAGCAGUGCAGCUGCGGUCGAGUCGCAUUAA